AUGGUUUUCAGGAAGUCUGUGUUAUCUCUCUGUUCCCACAGCAACGGGUUGGCGAAGAGGAUUGCUCUCAUCAGCUUCCUGUCACUGGUCAUGCUCAUGAGCGUCCUGGGAAACCUGCUGGUUAUGGUGGCCGUCUGCAAGGACCGGCAGCUCAGGAAAAUCAAAACCAACUACUUCAUCGUCUCGCUGGCGUUUGCUGACCUGCUGGUGUCAGUGCUGGUGAUGCCGUUUGGUGCCAUAGAAUUGAUCCAUCAGAACUGGAUCUACGGUGAGACCUUCUGCCUGGUCCGCACCUCUCUGGACGUGCUGCUGACCACUGCCUCUAUCUUACACCUGUGCUGCAUAUCCCUCGACAGCGGAGUUUUAAGACUAGAGGAGAGCAAAGAGAUGCUGAUGGCUCCAGGGAACAAUUGA